UAGCUUCCUCAGUAUAUUCCGGGUUUCGCUGGAUGAGAAGUUUCCUGUGUUGGUCGCUAGUGAGACUCGCUGCAGAAGCAGAUAAACAAUAUGAACUGACACGGUGAAACCGUUAACUUUAGGAAAAUCAAGUACAUGUCCUCUUUCUCGUUGCAGUAGUCCGACAACGCCAUAGCUAUGGCGCGAGACUACACUACACGAAGUUUGGACAAUAUUGAUCUCUCUGCUUUGAGGGAUCCUGCUGGGAUAUUUGAGCUGGUAGAAGUGGUUGGAAAUGGAACAUAUGGGCAAGUCUACAAGGGUCGACAUGUGAAGACAGGACAGCUGGCUGCUAUCAAGGUCAUGGACGUGACAGAGGAAGAAGAAGAGGAAAUCAAAUUAGAGAUUAAUAUGUUGAAGACAUAUUCCCAUCAUAGGAAUAUAGCUACAUACUAUGGUGCCUUUGUGAAGAAGAGUCGUGCAGGUCAGGAUGAACAGCUCUGGCUGGUGAUGGAGUACUGUGGGGCGGGCUCAGUCACUGACCUAGUGAAGAAGACUAAAGGGAACAGCCUAAAGGAGGACUGGAUCGCCUACAUCUGCAGGGAGGUCCUCCGAGGCCUGUCUCACCUCCACUCACACCACGUCAUUCACCGUGACAUUAAAGGCCAGAAUGUGCUGCUAACUGAGAAUGCGGAGGUCAAGCUGGUUGACUUUGGGGUGAGUGCUCAGCUGGACAGGACGAUAGGGAGGAGGAACACAUUUAUUGGGACUCCGUACUGGAUGGCCCCUGAGGUCAUUGCCUGUGACGAGAACCCAGACUCAACCUAUGACUACAGGAGUGACCUGUGGUCUCUGGGAAUCACAGCUCUGGAGAUGGCUGAAGGAGCACCACCCUUGUCUGACCUGCAUCCCAUGAGAGCCCUGUUCCUCAUUCCUCGCAACCUGCCCCCCAGGCUCAAAUCAAAGAAAUGGUCCAAGAAGUUAAUGACCUUUGUGGAGAGCUGUCUGGUGAAGAACUACCUCCAUCGUCCCGCUACAGAAACCCUCCUAAGGCACUCGUUCAUCAAAGACCUGCCCAACGAACGACAGGUCCGCAUCAUGCUAAAAGACCACCUGGACAGAACCAGGAAAAAGAGAGAUAAAGAGAGUCCAGAGUAUGAAUACAGCGGCAGUGAGGAUGAGGAGGAGGAGAUUAACGAAGAGGAAGGUGAACCCAGCUCCAUAGUGAACCUGUCGGGGGAGUCCUCUCUGAGAAGAGAGUUCCUGCGUCUGCAGCAGGAGAACAAGAACUGGUCAGAAGCCCAGCGACAGCAGCAGGUCCUGCAGCAGCAGCUCCGGGACCAGGAGAGUUACAAACAGCAGCUGCUGGCCGAGAGGCAGAAGAGGAUCCACCAGCAGAAGGAGCAGCGCAGGAGGCUGGAGGACCAACAGAGGAAGCAGCUGCAGGAUUCUGGGUUCCAAUGGCCAGAACUACAGGAGAUGCUAUGGAGGGAGGAGACUGAAGCUAAUGACAGAGGUCUAUUGGAUGAAAGGAACAAGAGAAGUGACAAGAGACGGGUGGAGGAUCGUGGCAGACAGCGGGUUGAUGUCGGAGGAAGGCCUGCAGGUCCUGUAGCUGAACAGAGGAGGACCGAGCCUCCACCUCCACAGCCUCAUCCUCAGCAGCAGCCCCAGCAGCAGCAGGGUAAAAAGUUCCACCGCACGCUGCCCAAAGACCAGACGCAGCUGCUUUCACUUCAGCACGACCACAGGCACAAAAAGAGGGAGCCCCACAAGGCUGCUAGCGCCACGCAUAACACCCCCGCAAAUAGCCAGCGCAAAGUGAUGGAGAUGGACAGGGUGAAGGUUUCUGACAGCUGUCAGGCCAACCUGAACAGAGUGCUAACUGGGAUUCCCCUCCCCCUGCGUGUCCAUACCAGACUGAGCUCUGGGAGCAGCUCCAGCCCCUGUACCCCUGCCACUCAGAGGGCUGCCAUACAACAGAAUGCCAAUCUUGGCUCCAGUCGAGACACCCUUCACAGCAGCUCUAUGUCUGACAUGGCCACCACUCCCAUGUCUCCUACGUUUGAUGAUGUCUUCUGGGACUUCCCAAGCUCUGUGGAGCACCCACCAAAGGUUCCGGAGCGUACAACAUCCAAAUCAUAUUGCAAAGAGCUGAUGAAUCAUCACCGGACAGGGUUGAGUGGGGCCCCUCAGUCUCCUGCGGAAAAGGGUAGGAAGUCCAUGUCCUCUCAUGGCAGCUCCAGUAGCAGCUCCCAGUCAGGUUAUUUCAAGCUGGAGAGCCCUCUGCUGCAGAGCCGUCUUCAGCAGUACAAGAAGUCUAAGGAGAAUUCUCCUGGAACCCUUCUUCAGCAACAUGGUUUCGGCCACUUCUCUGGGCUUACGUCUAAUCUCAGUCCGUUUGUCAAGGCAACAGAGUACUCCUCUUCUAGCGAUGAAGUUGGGAGUAGUGAUGAUGAUGAGAAAACCCGGUCUCCGUUGAAUGGGAAAGGAAUGUUCUUCCGUGGAGCCCCUGAUGGGAUUGUCCUGCAGCCCCACCAUAAUCUUAACCAGACCCCGCAGAGCAGCGUGGCAUCAGGCCUUAAGAGUGGCCAGCCACUACACAGGCUCAUUGCUAUAGGAUCAGAAUGCAAUGAGAAUUACCUUCUCCCUGAUCUCCUGCAGAAGAGCCCGGCCCAUGAGCCCAUGGCGCAGCACGGCCCACAUGACGUCAUCUACCCCCUGUCUCCGAGCAUACAAGGACCACAUUCUGACAAACCUGUAAACUGUCCUCCAGGAAAAAGCAUCUCGUCCUCCUCCUUCACUCCCUUCAUAGACCCCAGGCUGCUGCAGAUCUCUCCCCCUCAGAGCCCAGUGGGCCACAGUCCCACCAGUGGCAGGCCACCUGCUAUUCAGGACCCAAUCAGGAGAGAGGGCCACAGAAAGGGCUCCGUGGUCAAUGUGAACCCCACCAACAUCAAACCCCAGAGUGAUACCCCCGAGAUCCGCAAGUACAAGAAGAAGUUCAACACCGAGAUCCUCUGUGCUGGCCUUUGGGGUGUGAACCUGCUGGUGGGGACAGAGAAUGGUCUGUGGCUGCUGGACAGGAGCGGUCAGGGGAAGGUCUACUCUCUGAUCAGCAGGAGACGCUUCCAACAGAUGGACGUUCUGGAGGGCCUCAACGUGCUCAUCACCAUCUCAGGUAAAAAGAACAAGCUGAGGUUGUACUACCUGUCUUGGCUGCGGAACAAGAUCCUUCGGAAUGACCCAGAGGUGGAGAAGAGGCAGGGCUGGACCUCUGUAGGGGACCUGGAAGGAUGUGUGCACUACAAAGUCGUUCGAUAUGAGAAGAUUAAGUUCCUGGUGAUUGCCUUGAAGAAUGCUGUGGAGGUGUACGCAUGGGCUCCCAAACCUUACCAUAAGUUCAUGGCUUUCAAGUCGUUCGGCUCGCUCCCCCAGAGGCCUCUGUCCGUGGACCUGACGGUGGAGAAUGGACAGAGACUUAAGGUCAUCUACGGCUCCCUGUCGGGCUUCCAUGCCAUCGACGUUGACUCAGGGACGCCCUAUGACCUCUACCUGCCCACGCAUAUCCAAGGUGUGAUCCGGCCUCAUGCCAUCAUCAUCCUACCCAACAGCAGUGGCAUGGAGGUGCUGGUGUGUUAUGAGGACGAGGGGGUUUACAUAGACACCUACGGACGCAUCACCAAGGAGACAGUGCUGCAGUGGGGAGAGAUGCCUGCAUCUGUCGCCUACCUGCAGUCCAACCAGGUGAUGGGCUGGGGAGACAAAGCCAUCGAGCUGAGGUCAGCUAACACAGGCAACCUGGAGGGAGUCUUCAUGCACAAGAAGGCCCAGAAACUCAAGUUUCUUUGUGAGAGGAAUGACAAGGUGUUCUUCGCCACGGUGCAGUCUGGGGGCUGCAGCCAGAUCUACUUCAUGACACUGGGCCAAAACUCCCUGUUCAACUGGUGAGCUCUGUGGCUUAAAGACAACAUACAGCGAUCAUCUCAGAAACAACAUGAAUUAUACUCAGAAACAUUCUUAAACACUGAAUUUACACUUUAGUAAUACAGCUGCAUAAUCCCAUGCAUAUGAGAAUACAGUAUUUUCAAUCAGCAUAAAUUAAGUAUUUUUGUGUCUAAGGCCACCACAUUGGUUUCAAGUCUCUAGCUAUAGUACUUAAAAUGGAACUGACAACAUUUAAGCGACACAAAAUCUUGUUAAAAUAUGUUCAUAUACACCCCCAGGAAGAAUAUUACAUUUUUAAAACAUUUUCUGACAAGCGAGCACUUAGAUAUGGUCAUUUAGAUAUUGAAUGUUUGGAAUAUAUAGAAUGUUUGGGAAUUAAGUAUACUAAGGCAUUUGUGAAAAUUCUAUAGCAAUAUAAAGUGGAAAAGCGGCCGGGCAUUUUUACAAUUAAUAGACACUGCAGUAAAUAAAACCUAAUAAAAACAUCUGUCACGUCCAAGACCGGAGUCUACGCAGACUGGUUCACCAUAGCCAAUCUUUCAACUGGACUGUGUGUUUAAAGGCAGUAGGAACAGCUCGACUUUAGAUCAUUAGGACACAUGGAUUUCUGCAAAAGCGUAAAUACCACAGGAGUCCUCUUACAUUUCAGAACUCAACAGUCCUAUUGAUCAAACAACCAUGAAAAGGUUGGCUCUCUCUCCCCCAGUUAUGCACAUCAACAACUAAUGCUAGCCAGAGCAAGAUGAUCUAAAAAUUUAACGAAGCAACAUUAGAUAAACCCGCUCAACAUUUUUCAGCUAAUUACUCGUCAGAAUUGCACUGAUACAUUAUGGGGAAUUCUACAGCUUGCCUGCCAAUGCAAUUCAUUAUUGUCUUGCCAAUGCAAUUCAUUAUUGUCCUAACCAAGUCCCCAAGCUAACUGGUUAAAGUUGGCUGGUUUGCUAGCUAGCUACUUCCAGAAAUAAAUGAGAGAAUCUCACUGUGACCAUUUUACUCGCCCUUUCCAAAACGGGUUAGGCUGUUUACAAAUGCAGGAGAUAUGCUAACUGGAUAACAGUCGUUCAGGUUCUUGCUAACUAACCAAAUGACACCUGCAUCUCUAGCUAUGUAUAGCCACCAUAAACCGAUAUGAGGGGAAAAUGUCACUCUCUCACCCACUUCUCCAAUUACGUUACAUGUCAUCCUUUUUAGCUUGCUACAUAAAUAGAUAUGCUAGCCUAUUAGCCAUGAUAUGACUGACUUUUGAUAAUUUCCUUUGCUAGUUUGAUUGUAUUGACAUUCCCAGCCUAAGUUACAUUUGUCCGUUUUUGUCCAAAAUUUUGGUUAUAAUUGGUUAAUUAUAUUAAUCAUGCAGUGAACUGCAUCCAUCUAUUCUGCUAACAAUGCCUUAGUGUACGUCAAGAAAUAUUGAGUCAAAUAGAAUCUAUUUUUAAAACCUCUUAUAAAGUUGGUUUUGUAGGAUAAACUGGGAAUUGGAUAUUUUGGACCGAUAUUUUGAUUGUCUGUUUGUUUCAUACCUGCAAAGUGCUUAAAAUACUGUCAGUUCCACUUUAAGAAGUGAGUCUUGUGCCUUAAAGAAAUGAUUCACCCAUUUUGAAUGUUUUAUCAUAUUUGUACAUCUCUGAGCGAUGUUCAAAACAUUUUAUGUUUUCAUGUGUUUCUGAGCAAUUCGUCAUUUCAAAAAUACAGCCGGUAUGUGUCGCUGCACAGGGCUUCUUGUUUAUAUCUAGAAAUACACCAUCAACCUACGUUUGAUUUCAUAUUAAUCUUAAUAUCACAUGGACUAAAAAAUGCACAAUUGUUUAUUUUUUUACAUCCAAAAUGGAUCAAAUUAAUUUUUGUUAAUUGGGUCUCGGCGUAUUCAUCAUUUUAUUAUUAGUAAGUGCCAUUGUUCGUGUUAAAUCCUGAGAUAUUUACCAUUCAGUAUUAUGUGCUUUUAAGGAUGCAUAGUUGUAGAUACUUCAGGUCAGGAAAUGUACAUCUAUUUUACCUACUCGAAAGAGAUUCCCUUACUGAAGUGAGCAUUAGAAAUACUACAGAGAUUAGUGGGCUAGCAAUCAUCUUUAAUAGUAGACACCGAUACUGCAAAUUGCUUGUCCUUAUCUGUCCCACUUGGUUUUAAAUGAAGUCGUUUUAUGGCCCCAACAAUUCAAAUGGUGGAUGCUGAGUUUAUGAUCUGAUCUCCACUUUCUAGUCAUGAUUCAGAUAACCAAAUAGGCAUUAUAUACCCUGUCGCAUCUCUUGAUCUAAAACUGAUCAUGUUUUACAUGAAGUAGUUUUUAGGAAGAAGAAAUCAAAGGAGGAAGAAAUGGAUCAUUAUGUUGGCCUUGUGCUGUGUCGAGUCUUUUUGGACGGAAGUGGCUGUACAUAUUAUUUGCACUGUUUUAUAUAUAUUUUAUAUCCACUGGUCAUCGCUACAGUUUAAUGGGGUUUCAAAUUAUCUAGCCCUUUGCACUAUGACCACUUUGGUAAAUGUUCGCUCUACAAUGCUUUAUUGUCACAGUCUUAUACAUUUGAAGUAAUUUAUUUUCAACAUUAAAUGGUAAAUGUUCGAUGUACAAUGCUUUAUUGUCACAGUGUAAUACAUUUGAAGUCCUUUAUUUUCAACAUUAAACAGAGAUUGCGUUUGAUUUAGAUAAAGCUAAAUCGUCUAUUUGAUAUGCCAUGAUCUAAAAAUGAUGUGAAAACAGCGAUAGGCUUUCAACUCUUAAGAUUGUCAAACAUAUGUGACCCACCACAUGGACUCGGUCCUAUGUAGCCAAAUUUGAAAUUGUUUUUUACAUUGGAUAAAAGUAGAAACUCAGAGCUAUAAAAUUAUAUAUAAUACACUGCAGUUGAGGAACAAUGGGAAAGUAAUUUUGCUUUGAAUUGUAACCCCACUUUUGAGAAAAUGGCCCUUGAUAUUUUUGGUGUACCGACUGGAGAGCUCUUCUUUGUCUACACCCAUUCAGCAUCGUUCACACCCUGUUAAGCCUUAGCCCCGCCCAUUUCUUUAACGAUUCACUUGUGAGUCCAUGUGCACAGCAGAGUGUGUAGUUUAGUAAACAACCAAAGAUUUCAAGACUAAAAGUGGUAAAAGUAGAAGCCUACAUGGUGCAGGUCAUGUUCUUCUUCACAUUACUGUCUCUGGUAAACACACACUAUAUCUAAUAAAAUCUCAGUUUAUGUGUCACAUGAACAGGAUACAGAAGGUGUAAACAGCACGGUGAAAUGGUUACUUGCAUAUUUGCACAGUAGCAAUAUCAAAAACAAUGUGUCCAGAUAAUUGUUAGAUGAUGCUUACCCAGACACACUUGUUUAAAUUGAUAGGUCAGGUGAAAGAAAUGCUAUAACCACCCCCCAGCCACAUCUAGCUAAGUGGAUGAGUCACUACUGUCGAGACAUGUACACAUGUUCAUGAAAUACAAAAGACGGCCAUAAUCACCCCCAUACACCUGUCUAACUUGAUGGGUCUUGUAAUCAUCUGGCAAAGUGGAGUCUUUUGUUUAGACAUGUAGCUAGCUAGCUAGCUAAACAAUGAACCGGAUUAAUCUCAACUCAUACUACUACCAAUACAAACUGAUUGUUAUAGCUGUAGUAUGAAUAUGCAGGUAUUUAAAGCUAACCAACUAGGUUCAAUGUUAGCUAGCUAACUAACAUUGGGCUAUAACUAGCAACGCAAAUGGCUUUCUGAUUCGAAAAAUAUUACUACACAGAUAGGUUCAAUGUUCGCUAGCUAGCUAACAGUACACUUUAAAUUGCAAAAAAAAAACUUUCUGACAAAAUUAGAAACGUAUAAUAUCUGAAAAUGUAGCUAGACUCUUACCCGUAUACAUGGAUGAACGCUUCACGGCAGACUGGAACCAUUUAAACUUACUUUUGUAGCUACAGUACAUCUUGUUUGGCCAGCAUUGUGUAAAGUCACUCCUAUUCACACUGACCGUGGCGUGUGCAGAAAAUAGCCCAUCAUAACAUUUUCCAACUGAUCGGUCCAUAGCGCCUGCUAAAUUCAGGGCAUCAAUUUUGUUGAGAAAAGUAGCAAAACUUUUGUAGUUCUCGAUGGCUAAUGUUAUAUCUUUCAAAAAAUCUGCAGUAGAAAGAAUUAUCAACACAUACUGAGCAGCUCACAUUAUAGACAGAAGCAGCCUACAUGGCAGACCAAUCCAAUCUCAUCUCCCAGCAUCUCCAGCCCAUCCAUUAUCUCAGCAAAUCAUGGCUAGCAGGAAUGUUCCUGUCUUUUUCCAGGGCUAAACCAACUAGGCUCGUAAUUUAACCAUUUUAUUCGUAUUUACAGAUGGAAUACCAGUUUGUUAUUCAGGCACAUGAAAGUUUACAUGUUCCAGAAGGCAUUUAUGUAAAAAAAAAAAGGAGGCAUUUUGAUUUAAAAAAAUGUAUUCAUUAAAAUGCCUCUCCUGUGAAGUAGUGACGUGCAACAUACGCCUAGCUUCCUGAAAUGGGUCACAUAUACUCUUUUGUAGAAAAUGUUUGGUUAUGAACAUUGAAAUGUGCCACAAUUGUGAAAUGUUAACUCAAAUCAAUUGCAUUUGAAUCCAGUUGUUAUUUGCUUUUUCUUCCCCCAAUAUGCUAAAUGUUUUGCCACCAUUUUGCCAUCAUUAGAGAUCUAGUUUGGGUAGUUAUUUUAUGUUUAUGAUAGAAAUACUGCAGCUGGUUCUGUGAGCAUAUUGUCAACUGAAAAUGAACCUUUUUCAAGACACAAUUUGAUAUGAUGUUGUAUUCUUCUGUGAGAAUUCACUCUUGAAGUGUAUUCAACUGACAAGAUAUUUAGGUUAGAAGGGAAUAGCCAAUAAGGUAAUCAGUUUCACAUAGCAUUUUCAAGUAUAUUUACCCUAUAAUGAUUAGGUUUCCAAGAACUGAUGCUUUCACUAUCAUUGGUCUAAUCAUUGGUCUAAGUAUUUUAGAAAAUAGUAAGAUCACUCAAUUGAUAUCUCAUUCAUUUGACAUGUAUGAUGGAAAUUUUAUCAUUUGUCAGAUUUUGAAUAAGGGAUUCAAUGGGUAGAGUUAAACACAUUUUUGUAAUUAACUUAAACUUUUUUUUAAUGCCCAAAUAGAACUUGUGACAGUGAGUCAAUAUGAUUGCAUCUCCAUUUGUAAAAAGUUGGUGAUUAUUUCUAUAGACAAAAAGGGGGAUUUUAAGCAGAAUUUAUCAUGUCUGACAUGUUACUGAGUUAGAUAAUACUUUACCAACAGACAUUUGUUUUGCAGUUGAGGAUUGUGAGUCAUAGCACUCUCUGUCAUUUCUCCCCCUAUCCACUCCCAUACAUCAUGAAGUGCUCUUGUGUGAGAUCAUUGUCCUCUUGAGAGCUUUGUACUGUAGGAAGGACUGAGGAUGUUGAUGAGUACUGUAGGAAGGACUGAGGAAGUUGGUGAUGGUUUGUGUCAGGUGUGCAUCGUGUAGCUGUGAAGAGUCCUCUCUGCUUUAUAUGAUGCAGAGCAAAUUUUGUUUUUGUUCUUGGGGAAUUCGAGUUAGAAGACAAAAUAAUUCUGAGAGGAUUUCAAUUUUGAGGUUUUCCCCAACAAAAUAUAUCUAUUUUAGUGUCAAAAACGUAAUGAUAAAGGUUGACCAAAUUAUAUUGAUAAAUAUCCACAACAUAUAUUGUUUCGUUACCUGUUCUUUUCCCAUUUUGUUUUUGAAAUUGUAUUGAAAAAUUAUGUUUAUUUUAUUUUGUCCUUUGUUUUGUCUUAGUUUUGCUUUAUUUUUGCACUGGAACUUUCGUAUCAUUUGUACAGCAUGUACUGUAUACCCAACCGGUGAAAUUAAUUAGUAACACUAAUUGAGGUGUUAUUAUGUAAAAAUACUGUUGAACAAUAAAUACGUUGUAUACAA